AUGAGGUUUCACCGCCUCAGCGAUUCCUGCCCCACCCGCACAGCUGCGCUGCUCGGGAGCGAACCCACGGGCACUACAAGUGACAGGCGAGUGUCAUCCACCCCCUGUAACCGGCUGUCUCCCGUUCCGCAGGUGGCUGUGGAUAUGGAAUUUGCCAAAAACAUGUAUGAGCUGCACAAGAAAGUGUCUCCUAGCGAGAUCAUCUUGGGCUGGUAUGCAACAGGGCACGACAUCACGGAGCACUCAGUCCUGAUCCAUGAGUAUUACAGCAGGGAGGCUCACAAUCCAAUCCACCUCACCGUGGACACCAGUCUCCAGAAUUCACGCAUGAGCAUCAAAGCCUAUGUCAGUGCCCCAAUGGGAGUCCCUGGUAAAACCAUGGGCGUGAUGUUCACACCACUAACAGUGAAAUAUGUUUAUUAUGAUACAGAGCGGAUAGGAGUGGAUCUUAUCAUGAAGACCUGCUUUAGCCCCAACAGAGUGAUUGGCUUGUCCAGUGACUUGCAGCAGGUGGGGUCAGCCUCAGCCAGGAUCCAGGACACCCUGACUAUGGUGCUGCAGUACGCCGAGGACGUGCUGUCUGGCAAAGUGGCUGCUGACAACACUGUCGGGCGCUUCCUGAUGGAUCUUAUUAACCAGGUGCCAAAGAUUUCACCAGAGGACUUUGAGACCAUGUUGAACAGCAAUAUCAACGACCUACUGAUGGUAACCUACUUGGCAAAUCUCACACAGUCACAGAUUGCUCUCAAUGAAAAACUUCUGAGUUUAUAAAGAAACUUUUGCCACCCUACACUUUAAGGAGCCUGAAGAAUGAGCAGAUACACUUUUCUGUGGUGUUAGAAACUUCCUUGGACUGUAAUUUAAUGACCUACAUGACUUGGUUUACAUGGUUAUUUCCAUUGCUCUGAAAAGCCCCUAACAUGUUUUAGAAAAUGAAUGGGAGCAGCUGCAGUUCAGUUGAGCCUGGUAUUUUAAAAUGGAAUAAGAGAAUCUUAUGUCUUGUGGAUUUGUCUACUUGUAUAACAAAAUACAGCUUUAUUGCAAUAAUGUAUUUGGAAUAAAAGUUCCAUUGCAGUGGCAACAAUGGC